AUGGCAAGUUUGAACUGGAGUUAUCAAGGCGACAAUGAGCCUGACCACUGGCACAAGUUAUACCCUAUUGCCAACAGAGACCAUCAAUCUGCUAUUGAUAUUAAAACCAAGGAAGUCAAAAAAGAUGCAUCUCUGGGGCUUCUCGGAAUCACUUGGAAACCUUCCACAUGCAAAGAGAUUGUCAAAGUUGGAUGUUCAUUCCACAUGAAUUUUGAGCAUAAGGACAAUCAAUCAGUGCUGAUAGGUGGACCUAUUACUGGAACAUACAGAUUGUGGCAGUUUAAUUUCCAUUGGGGCCAAACGGAUAAGCAAGGCUCAGAGCACACAGUGGAUGGAAGGAAAUAUGCCUCAGAGCUUCAUCUCACUCAGUGGAACCUGGACAAGUAUUCAACUGUAGCUGAGGCUUUCAACAAGCCGGAUAGCUUGGCCAUUGUCACUGUUUUCCCGAAGCUUGGUUUAUGCAAUAAAAACCUAAAGGAUGUCUUGAAGGCCUUGGAUUCAGUAAAGACCAAGUAUCUUCCACAAGGUAAGCAAGCUCCCUUUUCUGAUUUUGAUCCUUCAAACCUACUGCCUAAAUCCUUGGAUUACUGGACCUACAAUGGCUCUCUGACUCAUUCUCCCCUCCAUGAGAGUGUCAUCUGGAUGAUCCUUAAAGAGCCAAUUAUUAUCAGCUCAGAGCAGCUGCCUCAAUUCAGCACAAUCCUGUCUUCUACUGAAGGGGAAGCACCUUGUCCCAUACUGAGCAAUCACCAGCAACCCGACACCUGA